AUGCCGUCCACUCUCUUUACCGCCACCCUCGCUGCCGUUCUUUUCGCGGGGGCCAGCGUCCGUGCCCAGGAAUCUCACACCGUCCGAUUCGUCAACUACUGUGGAUAUGGGACGGUUGGUAUUUCUAUGUGUGGAAGCGGGCGCGCGUGCUGA